GUAGGGCGACACUUUUUUUGCUAUACUUUGUAUACCAAACUUGAAUUUUUAUAUAAAUUGGCAAAAUUGUACGUCAAAAUGAAAAAAUUUAAACGUCGGAAACGUCGUAAUUGUCAAAUUUUGACUCGAACAAUUAUUUCCUAACCGCCAUAUUAUAUUGCAACCACCGAGUAACCACGCCCGGAAUUUUGGAUUUUUAUUUUUUUCUGCAUAUAUAUUUUCUGAGCCCUAAUACUUUAUUGUGAGAAUAUUAUUCGUCGCUUCUAGGGAUUUACUAUGGAAAAUACAGUGAAACGUAAUGUGAGAUAUCAAAAAUGUACUAUUUGUGGUCUAAAGAGGACCCCUGGACUGGAGCCAAUGUAUUUUUGAAGAAGUUUCCACUUGAUCCAGAUCGUUUUCAAGAUAUAACAAAUUCAGAGAAUGUGCAAUGCAAUGAAAAUAUUUUAUCUAAAAAUGCUGAAUACAGCUUUCUCCCUUUGCCCUCUACUUCGCAGCCACCACAAGGACUUACUUUUGAAAAAACACUAGUUUCCCAGAAUGAAUCAGUAGAAAAUGUUAAAGUUCCUGUUCGCAACUAUGAAAGAAUUGUGGGAAAACCUAAUAGAAAUAGAGAUUCUACAUUAACUGAACGUGAGAAGAUCCUGCUGAGUCAUUUGACUCAAAACUAA